AUGAAACAAAGCGCACUGGUAAAAAACGCCUUGUAUUGCUUUGCGAGGUGGCGCCAAAAUGGUGCACACGUAAAUGCAGCCAUGGGUGGUGUUGCGCGUGGUGGGGUAGACCUCUGGACCAGCAAAGUUGUGCAGACGCGAACAAGCAGUGGCAGCAGUGCCCCCAAGAGUAGCUUCAAUCUGCAUGACAAAAUAAAAGACAUAACCGGAAGUAUCGAGAACGAUGAAGUCACUGAAGAAAACGACUCACAGAAAAGGAAGCCUUCUAAGAAAGUAUUAAAGCUUGUUGACGAAAUUUUAAAUUUGACCUUAAUUGAAGCAGCAGAUUUGUGUGACCUGUGUCAGGAAAAGUUGGAUGGAGAAAAACAAUUCAAUAAUUCUGUUUUUGUUAACAGGAACCCUUUUCCACAUCCCUCUGGCUUCUUUAGCGCAGCAAGUUUCGCUGCCUCCAGUGUACCUCCAAGCAUGAACAUUCCCUUCCCUAAUCAUGUUGGUGCUGUGGGGGGUGCUCCGGGUGCUUCCGCGCCUAGUGUAGGCGCAGAGGGCAAAAAUGAACAGGCAGGGACAAAAAAGGAAGAAAAAAAAAACACCAAAAGUACAUUCAACGUCAAGUUGGAACAUUUUGACGUAAAGAAUAAAAUUAACACAAUUAAAGAAAUACGAAAAAUAACCAACGUUGGGUUGAAGGAGGCCAAGGACAUGGUGGAGAGCGCUCCGUUCUAUGUGCAAAAGAACGUGCCCGCGGAAAAGGCAGAAGAAAUGAAAAAAAAGUUCGUAGAACUGGGAGCCACAAUUAUAUUGGAAUGA